GGGAUUCAAACUCCAGCCUGGGCAAGGUCCUUCUCAAAGGCUGCCUGCGAGUGAAAGGCACAACAAAACAGCAGCAUAGAAACAGGCCUGGGAGCAGACCAUGAGGCUGGAUCAAUUUGCGUUACUGAAUGUGAUAGCCUGGGGGCUGCCGCUUCUCCUUGCUCGUGGCCACGCCCAGGACUCUGCGGGCCCCAUCAGGACCACACUCACAGGGAAAGUGCGGGGCAGCCUCAACCACGUGAAGGGCACCAGUGUGGGGGUCCACAUCUUCCUGGGAAUUCCCUUUGCCAAGCCACCUGUAGGACCACUGCGGUUUGCGGCUCCUGAGGCCCCUGAGCCCUGGAGUGGUGUGAGAGAUGGGACUUCCUACCCUCCCAGAUGUCUACAAAAUACUGAUAGAGUGAAUACAUUAGUAAUGAACCUCUUGAAUUUGACCCAACCCACCAUUCCCAUGUCUGAAGACUGCCUCUACCUCAACAUCUACACACCUGCCCACGCCCAUGAGGAAUCUAACCUGCCUGUAAUGGUCUGGAUCCAUAGUGGUGGACUAGUUAUGGGCACGGCUUCCAGAUAUGAUGGUUCCAUGCUGGCAACACUUGAGGAUGUGGUGGUGGUCACUAUCCAGUACCGCCUGGGUAUUCUGGGCUUCUUCAGCACUGGAGACCAGCACGCCGCUGGCAACUGGGGCUACCUGGAUCAAGUGGCUGCUCUACGCUGGGUACAGCAGAAUAUUGCCCACUUUGGAGGCAACCCUGACCGUGUCACCAUUUUUGGCCAGUCUUCAGGUGGUAUAAGCGUGUCUUCACAUGUCUUGUCCCCCAUGUCCCGAGGACUCUUCCAUGGUGCCAUCAUGGAGAGUGGGGUGGUCCUUGCGCCGGGCUUCAUCUCCAGCUCACCUGAGGCUGUCUCCACAGUGGUGGCCAACCUGUCUGGCUGUGAGGAAACAGACUCAGAGACCCUGGUGCGGUGCCUGCGGGGCAAGAGUGAAGAGGAAGUGCUGGCUAUUACCAAGGCCUUCAAAUUCAUUCCUGCUGUAGUGGAUGGGGCCUUCCUGCCCAGACAUCCCCAGGAGCUGCUGGCCUCUGCUGAUUUUCAACCUGUCCCCAGCAUCAUUGGUAUCAACAAUGAUGAAUAUGGCUGGAGUCUCUCCAUGGAUCCUGGCAUUAUGGACACACAGAAGGAAAUGGACAGAGAGACCAUGAAGGCUGUUCUGCAGAUGUGCGCAGCACUAGAGAUACUGCCUACUGAGUCUAUUGACCUUGUGAUAGAGCAGUACGUGGGGGACAAUGAAGACCAAGAGAUUCUUCAAGUCCAAUUCCAGGAGAUGAUGACAGAUAACAUCUUUGUGACCCCUGCACUCCAAGUAGCCCAUUUCCAGCGUUCCCAUGGCCCUGUCUACUUCUAUGAGUUCCAGCAUCCACCCGACUUCUUCAAGGAUAUCAGGCCACCCCGUGUGAAGGCUGACCAUGGCGAUGAGGUUUUCUUUGUCUUUGGAUCCUCCUUCUGGGGUAAUGAAAUUGACUUCACUGAGGAAGAGGAGCUGCUGAACAGGAGGAUGAUGAAGUAUUGGGCCAACUUUGCUCGAAAUGGGAACCCCAAUGGCGAGGGCCUGCCCCACUGGCCUGCACUGGACCACAAAGAGCUGUACCUGCAGCUGGACAUUGAGCCUACUGUGGGCCGUGCCCUGAAGGCCUCCAGGGUGAAGUUCUGGACAGAGACCCUUCCCCAGAAGAUCCAGGAGCUAAGGAGGGCUAAGGAGAAGCACACAGAGCUGUAGCUCCCUGUGUGGGGAGGAGGGUGGGACUGAGUGCAAGUGGCAUCUGCCUGGAAUGUUCUAUGCUCACUGAGGGCCCUGGCUUGACUCUGUGUUCACAAAGCCAUUCAUCCACUCUUCCUCCAGCCAACCAGGCUAUGAAGAACCCACUGCAAAUGUUUGUUGUGAAGCUUGCCAUAAGUCCCCUCUUGUUAGACACAUUCACUACAUCCCCAGGGAGCUAUGGAUGAGUGAGUCUUAAUGACCAUCCACCUUCUCCCACUGUCUCAGACCGCUCCCUACUCUCUCUCCUUUCCUCUCAGUCCCACACCCUCCUCACUUUGAGAAAUGUGCUUUGGCAAGCAUUGCAGCACGUGGGUGCCAGAAUCCCACAUCCACUUCUCAGCAAGACCCCAUGUUCUCAGGUCUAUAAGGAGCCAAAAGCAAUCUGGGCACCAGAAGCCCCAGCAUCUUAGUCUGUUUGGCAUGCUGUCUGUUUUGGAAGCUGCAAAAUCCAGAAAGUAGCCAGGAGACCUGAGGUCUGGGGAGGGUUUGGUGUGGGCUCCUCUGUAGCACCUUGUCACUAUUUCCUCAUAUGGCAGAAGAGAUGGGCAAGCUCCCUCUGGCCUCCUUUAUAUGGGCACCAAUCCACUUCUCCUUCCAAAAGUUUCUCUCCUUAAUACUAUCACACUAGAGACUUGCUUUCUAUAUGCAAAUACGGAGAUUGUAAACCUUCACACCACCAUUCUCAAUGUUCCCAGAUUUUAGCCAGCGAGGCUACAACUAAUAAAAGUGUGAAAGUCUUUGUCCUA